AGAUUUCGUUUUCUUUCGUGUAUCUCUGCAUUCCCUCAAGCCCUUCGUCCGCUCUCCCCGGACAGGAGCACUCCCUCCGUCCACUGCGUCUUCUUUUGCAUCGCGUUUCCCUCCCGCCUCCCUCCAACGCUCGUCUCUCUCUCUCCCCUCGUUCCCCAACUACUCCGUGCAUGCCUCACGAAAUCCGGCGCCACGCACUUACCCUCCAUUUCCCCCUCCAUUUUCCCGUCCAUUUUCCCCUCCAAUUCCCCCGCGCUCCGCAGCCAAAGACGCCUGUGCGUCGUCCACACCAAGAGCAGGAACUUGAAGACUCGUCACAGUCGCCAUGGGGGGAACGUGUGAGGAAGCGAGCAGCCAUGCUCACAGCCACUCCUGCUGCGGCAGCGGCUCUGACAAAGUCGACGUAGAUCCCGCGAGCAUCGUCGACGCCGGAGAAGAGAUCUCUUCAGGAGACAAAGGCGUCUUCAAAAAAAUCCUUAAAGAGGGAGAUGGCCCCCAACCGCAGCCCGGCGAAGAGGUCGUCGUCCACUACACAGGAACUUUGCUCGAUGGCACAAAGUUUGACUCCUCGAGAGACCGAGACAGUCCUUUCAAAUUCAUCAUCGGCGAGGGCCAGGUGAUCCGUGGCUGGGAUUUGGGAGUGAUGAAGAUGAAGAGAGGCGAACGCGCCAUGCUGACCAUCCAGCCGGACUAUGGCUACGGCGCCUCGGGGUCUCCGCCAGUCAUCCCUCCCAACUCUGUCCUGAAGUUCGACGUGGAGCUGCUGGACAGCCACCCGAAGCCGAAGGACAAAUGGGAGAUGAAUGUGGGGGAGAAACUCGAGGGUGCGAAUGCGGAGAAGGAGAGGGGAAACGAGGCUUUCAAGAAAGGCGGCUACGCAGAGGCAGCGGCGGCCUACCGUGAGGGUCUCGACUUUUUCUCCUUCACGGAAAAUUGGACCGACGAAGAGCGCGAGCAGCAGAAACGUUUGGAGUUGCCUCUCCGCCUGAACCUCGCCACGUGCUGCAACCGCCUGGGCGAGUUCUCUGAAGCCAUCGAGCAAACGACGAAGGCGCUUGAGAUGGACCCGGAAAGCAGCAAAGGCUGGUACCGGCGCGGGGUUGCUCGCAUGGCUGUAGGCCAGCUGGAUGAGGCUCGUCAUGACUUUGUGCAGGCGGCGAAACUGGAUCCGAAAAACGUGGAAAUUCGACGAGAACUGGAGAAGUGCAAGAAGAAGAUCGAGGAGGUCCGCGCUAAGGAGAAAUCGGCUUUCGGAAACAUCUUCAAGAAAGUUGAUCUGUACACAGAGAAACAAGGAGUCCGCAACGUAUCCAAAUGCCCCAAGGUGUACAUGGACAUCAAAGUCGGCGACAAUGCGCCAAAGCGAGUCGUCUUCGCCCUGUACAACGACACUGUCCCGAAGACAGCCGAGAACUUCCGCGCACUGUGCACAGGAGAGAAGGGUGAAGGAAAGAAGGGCAAGCCUUUGUGCUUUAAGAAUUCGCUUUUCCACCGAGUCAUCCCCGGAUUCAUGAUGCAAGGUGGAGACUUCACAAAUGGCGACGGCACUGGUGGAGAGUCGAUCUACGGCCCUCAGUUCAACGACGAGAAAUUCGUCGACCAGCACACAGGCAGAGGCCAGCUGUCCAUGGCGAACUGCGGCCCGAACACGAACUCGUCGCAGUUCUUCAUCACCUUCGGACCUGCGCCGCAUCUCGACGGCAAACAUGUUGUCUUUGGCGAAGUUGUUGAGGGACAGGACGUCCUCGACGAAGUGGAAGACGUGGAGACCGACAAGAGCAACGAUCGGCCGAAGCAAGACGUCCAGAUUGUCGAUUGCGGCGAAGUGAAAUGCUGAAGAGGGCGCCUGGAUCUCGGUGGCCAGACGACUCUCUCACGUAUAGCUUCCCGAGUUCUUUGCACAUGUUUCCUCAUUUCUUGUAGAGACUCACCGUCACGAAUCCCCUGUGUGAGAAGGGUCCUCUGUGCAGCAUCAAGGAUUUCCGUCCGUUUGUCUCCUCUUUUUUUCUGUUUCCUCGCGCAAAGAAACUGAGAGAAGGCCUGGCUGGCUCGGCUCUCUGCGCGCGUUCCGCGAAAGACGAAGACGAGGAACCUGUCUCCAAAAUCGUAUUCGAGGAAAGGGCGCCCACCCUACCGUCCAAAAGAGAAGCCGACCGAUAAGAGUCGUUCUGUCGUGCCAUCUCGGUGUUGCAUCCGUGAGAAACCAAGAACGUUUCGAGGUUUGGCAAACGAAAACAUCAAUCUUUUUUGCGUC